GGCAGGUGUGUCCUUUGAACUUUUACUGUGAGGAACCUACCUGUCUAGGAGGCUGGGUUCCACCAGAGCGCCCUUGAAAUCUAAGGUCCUCUGAAAAGGCCAUGGGAGAUCAGGACCUACCAGGAGUUUUGGUGUCUGGAUUCGAAGGGCCCUCUGGUAUAUGCAAAGAUCACGUUGGAGAGCUGCAGAAGCACUUCAAUCUCAUUACCAUGCAUGAACUUCUGGAAAAUAAAACGCAAUUGGGUCCAAAGAUCCAGGCUGUAUGUAUCUGGAACAGAGAGCCAGCUAUUAAUCAGGAGCUUCUGCAGAGCCUGCCCGCCUUGAAGAUUGUUGCCAGCUCAGGAGCUGGCCUAGACCACCUGGACCUGAAGCUCAUCGACAGCUUUGGUGUGAAAGUGGCCAACACACCGCAGGCCGUCUCCAGCCCCACGGCGGACCUGGGGAUGGCCUUACUGCUGGCAGCAGCCCGGAGAGUAGUGGAAGGUCACCAGCUGGCCGUCUCCCCAGAUACAGAGAGCUUUUCCGCAAACUGGAUGGGCGAGGAAGUGACGGGGUCCACCCUGGGGAUCGUUGGCAUGGGCAGCAUCGGCUACAAGGUCGCUCAGCGGGCCAGGGCAUUUGAAAUGAAGAUUCUGUACCACAACAGGAAGCGCAGGAAAUUGGAGGAGGAGGAAGCUGUUGGGGCCACUUACUGUGACAAGCUGGAUGAGUUGCUUCAGCAAUCAGACUUUGUGAUGUUGGCCCUGAGCCUGACGCCCCAGACCCAGAGGCUGAUCGGAAGGAGGGAGCUGAGGCUGAUGAAACCCACCGCCAUCCUUGUCAACAUUGGCAGAGGUCUCUUGAUCGAUCAGGAUGCCCUGGUGGAAGCUCUUCAGACUGGGGUCAUCAGAGCAGCUGCACUCGACGUGUCGCAUCCAGAGCCCCUGCCCAGAGAUCAUCCUUUGUUGAAGUUGAAGAAUGUCACUCUGACACCUCACAUUGGAAGUGCAACUCAUCAAGCCAGACGACAGAUGAUGGAAAAUUUGGUUGGAAGCAUCCUGGCUUCUCUCAAUGGCCUUCCCAUUCCUAAUGAAGUGCUAUUUAAAUGAUUUA